AUGGUGGGGAAAACAAGCCAGGAAGCCAAGGGUCAGGAUGCCAAGAGCGAGACCAGCUGCUUUGGAGGUCAGCGCUGCUGUUGGGGCAGGACUGCGCCCUCCAGCUGGCUGCUGGCUGCCUUCCUCCUCUCCGUGGUAUCCAUCGCUUCCUGUGUGUAUCUGGGGAUGAAGACCAGUGACCUUCAGGCCAGGGUCUUGGCCAUUGAGACCGCCCAAGGGGACUUGUCUGCUGCUUCUUACCAGCUGCUGCCCAGCUAUUCCUUGGAUCAGCUGAAUUCCUGGAUGCAGGAAAAAGUGGAGCGACUUCUGGCUCAGAAGUCCUAUGAGCAUAUGGCAAAAAUCAGAAUAGCGAGAGAAGUUCCUUCCGAAUGCAACUGUCCACCAGGUCCUCCUGGUAAACGAGGUAAGCGAGGAAGAAGAGGAGAGAUUGGACCCCCUGGUCAACCUGGUCCUCAAGGCCCACCCGGUCCAAAAGGGGAGAAGGGAGAUCAAGGUGAUCAGGGCCCUCGGAUGGUGUUUCCUAAAAUCAAUCAUGGGUUUCUCUCUGCUGAUCAGCAGCUCAUUAAACGCCGCCUCAUUAAGGGAGACCAAGGGCAAGCUGGACCCCCUGGGCCGCCUGGACCUCCAGGGCCAAGAGGUCCUCCUGGAGACACUGGGAAGGAUGGCCCCCGAGGGAUGCCUGGUGUACCGGGAGAGCCAGGAAAGCCAGGGGAACCAGGCCUGAUGGGACCUCAGGGGCCUCCGGGACAAAAGGGCUCUGUCGGUGCAACUGGUGUCCCAGGAAUGGACGGACAACAGGGUGAACCUGGUGUAAUUGGAGAGAGAGGACUUCCUGGGCUUAAGGCACCUGAACAUAUUGGAGUUGGUUUCAUCCUCAUACGGUUUAGAAUUCCAGUUUUGGGGAGAUUCAAGUACCCUUUGAAUGAAGGCUUUGCAAGCCUGGAAACUUUCAGUGAUGUUCUGAGCAAAAAGGAAGAAGGGGGAUGGCAGGGUGAUCCGGGUGAAGCUGGGCCGAAAGGUGAUGCAGGAGAGAAGGGUGAUCCUGGGUCUUCUGCUGCAGGAAUAAAGGGGGAACCUGGAGAAUCAGGUCGACCAGGACAAAAGGGUGAACCUGGACUCCCGGGGCUUCCUGGACUACCUGGUAUUAAGGGUGAACCUGGUUUCAUUGGCCCACAGGGAGAACCUGGAUUACCAGGGUUGCCUGGGACAAAGGGUGACAAGGGAGAAGCAGGGCCUCCUGGGAAAGGUGAACGAGGUGAACCGGGAGUUCCAGGGCCAAAGGGGAGGUCAGGUGAAUCUGGAGCUAGAGGCCCAAAGGGGUCGAAGGGUGAUCCAGGAGACAAAGGUGAUUUGGGUUCUGUAGGUCCAAAGGGCCCACCUGGACAGAAGGGUGAUCAAGGUGCCACAGAAAUCAUCGACUACAAUGGCAAUAUCCAUGAAGCCUUACAGAGGAUUACCACCCUAACUGUCACGGGUCCUCCUGGCCCUCCUGGCCCCCAGGGAUUGCAAGGGUCAAAGGGUGAGCCAGGAUCCCCAGGAAUACCAGGAGCUGAUGGGGAGCAGGGGCCUAAAGGUUCAAAAGGGGAUACAGGUGACCCUGGAAUACCAGGAGAAAAAGGAGGGAUUGGACUUCCAGGACUGCCAGGAUCCAAUGGCAUGAAAGGAGACAAAGGAGAUGUUGGCUUGCCAGGUCCCCAAGGUCCUUCUAUUAUAGGACCGCCAGGACCUCCUGGCCCGCAUGGUCCACCGGGGCCUAUGGGACCUCAUGGACUACCAGGCCCAAAGGGAGCAUCUGGCUUAGACGGAAAGCCAGGACCCCGGGGUGCAGAUGGCCCAGUUGGUCCACAUGGUCUUGCAGGUCCAAAAGGAGACAGAGGUGAAAAGGGAGUUCCGGGAGAUCCUGGGCCCAGAGGACCAUAUGGCUUGCCUGGCAAAGAUGGAGAACCUGGCCUUGAUGGUUUCCCUGGUCCUCGUGGAGAAAAGGGUGAUGUAGGAGAAAAGGGAGAAAAGGGAUUCCGUGGAGUUAAGGGGGAAAAAGGGGAGCCAGGCCAGCCUGGCCUGGAUGGGCUGGAUGCCCCUUGCCAAUUGGGGCCAGAUGGGUUACCAAUGCCUGGCUGUUGGCAAAAGUUUUCAGGACUUUUAUUCAACUUUAAAGACAAGAAAACUAAAAUUGACUCUGUCCAAAAAGCCAAGGACUUUUUGAACCAACAACAAAAUCUGAACCAAGAUGAUAAAUCAACAGUGGAUGAUCUGGAAGAUGAAGGAACUAGUGACAGAGAAAUAGAUGAUACUUCAAGUGACUCUAGCAGUACCACGGGAACUUCUGAGUCGAAGAAAGGAGAAGCAGCACCUAAGAUGUUAAAAAUGAAUUUGAAACACAAGAAGAAGAAGAAACGUAAGAGAGAAACUGAACUUUAA